UUGAGUCUACAUACUUUCUCAAAACCACUAACAAUGUGUCAAAUAACGCUUCAUCCACUAAAUGCUGUUUGCCCUUAUCAGAGUUUAACAAAAUAAACAUUCAUAACCAAAUAAUCAAAGCCCCUCUUGUUAAACACUAAAAUGAUCUCCUCGGCACUUUUGCUGAUACAAACUGUAAAAAGGAUUAUAAAGGUUUCUGAACAUCUUCCGGAUCACUUACUGUACAAUAUUACUAUAUUGUAUAGAUAAUGUCACCUAAUUUAGAUAUGCUCAUUAACUUAUAUGCGCAGAAGAAUAUGCUUCAAAACUACAGUAGUAAAUAACAUGAGAUACGAACUCAUGAUAUACACUCGGAAUCAGCAAAAUGUCUCAUUCAUUAGCCAUACCUCCACCAGCGAUGUUCUCAGCUGUUCCUGAGAUUGAGAAGAACAAGUCCGUUGAAGCAGGCUGGCCAAUUAUUCUCCAAUGUGAGAUAUCUGAUCCUACAGCCCUGGUCCAAUGGUACAAGGAUGGAUUACAGCUCCUACCUCAAUCUGGGGUUUACAUCCAAUCACAGCACACCAUGAGGACACUGGUUAUCCAAUCAGCAAAUGUAUCCCACUCUGGGUUUUACAGUUGUAAUACUGCUGAUGAUAUCAGCGAAUUUUUUGUGGAUGUUAAAGAUCCAUUCUUGCUGCUUUAUGGGCUCCUUAACCAUUUCCCUAAUGCAGGAAUAUAUCUGAAGCUUCACAAGUUUGUUUGCAGCAUUUCCACCAACUACUACUAUUCUUAAAUGCUAUUUAACCAGCAUCUUGUUUCUCUUUAUUUUUAAAGAAACCAUUUGCGCUGGGCAAGCAUGUAAGCUUUAUUAUCUGUGCUUAACAGCACUUAAUUCUCACAAAGCUUUCAUUAAUUGUAUUCUCUUUUUCUUUGUAUUACAUUUGGCUUUUAGAGUGGAGAAGGUUUUAAAGGGCUGCCCAUGCAAUCAUCAUCAGUGCUUGAAUUGCAUGCUUCACGUCAUACUUGUGUGACAAAUUAAAUGCAGCACAACAUAAAACUAAGGUCCAUUUCCUUUUCA